UUCUCAGUUCAAGAGUUUUUGGUUAUCUUUAUAUGAAUCAAUUUGUACUAGCACUAGCAAAGGAUGUCAAAAUUGUCAAAACUCUUCCAAAAAAUCUUAAGGGUGCAAGAAGAAAGAAGGAAAUUCCAUCUUUUAAAGUUCCUCGUUCAGCAUCGCCAUAUUAUUAUUUUGCACAAUGUCCUCCCUGUGCUAAAGAAGCAUUCAGUGGUAGAACUAGUUGUAUCCGAAGGUGGAUGCUUGCAGGCCAUCUUCCUCCUCGUUUUGAAGAAUAUCAAAGGCUGAGAUGUCGUGUUGCUUUUCAUGCCCUUCAGUUUCGACAGGAAGUGCAAGAACUUGCCACCAGGAUUUUACAGAGGCUACGUGCUCCUGGUCAGCCAUUUAUUGCUUAUGACCCUGGUAUGACAAGAGAUGCUUUAGCAUAUCAUGGUUGUGCUGAACUCUUCCAGGAUGUUCAUACUGAACUCAUCCAACACAAAAGAUAUCGGAUGAUAAAACGAGGAAUUGUGAAGGGGAAGCUUAAAGUAAACUCAGCUGAAGCAAGAUUGAAUGGUUCUUGCCCUUUAAUGCCAGAAGAGAUUGGGAUUCUGCUUCGAGCAUAUGGAUACCCACAAGACACUAUUAUAUAUGUUUCUGGAGGAGAAAUCUUUGGCGGCCAAAGGACAUUGAUUACUCUUCAUGCAUUGUUUGAAAAUGUUGUUGAUAGGACUUCUCUCAGCACUCCAAGAGAAAUGAGUCAACUCUACGGCCAAGAGAUUAAUCUUGUUAAUACUCCUCCUGGUCCACCACCGUCAAUUGAAAAAGAAACCAAGCAAGAUGCUUGGAAGAAUGCUGGUCCACGCCCUCGUCCACUUCCUCCCCCACCAGCAAGGCCCAAAUCAUAUAACAUUGAAGGUUGGUGGGGAGGGUUGCUGAGAGUGAUGAUUGAACCUGAUAGUACUGUCAUGGAGUUGCGAACCAAUGCCCAUAAAUUACUAUGGGAAGCUAUUGACUAUGUGGUUUGUGUUGAAGCUGAUGCUUUUAUUUCUGGAUUUGAUCGUGAUGGUAAGGGACAGCCAAAUUUUGCUAGCUCGGUUAUGGGGCAUAGGCUUUAUCAAUCAGCUGCAUUGAAGACUUAUAGACCUGACAGAAAGGAAGGUUCCAGACUUAUAGAAGAAAUUCGUGACAACAUGUAUCAAGCAAAUCAUACUUGGCUAAAAUCUGUGCGUAGGCAUUUGAGAAAAAUAUUACUUGAUGAAGUGAUGGAAGCAUUGAAAAAAUCAAAACAGUUAUCCUUUCUUUCUCAUCCAGUCCCUGAAUGUUCUUGCUUAAGAUAUAGUUCCUUGGAUAGAUCAACAACAAAUACUUCCAAUCCAUCAACCUCAUCGCAACUUUUGACUGCUCUUGGCGGUAUUCCACAUCGGUGUCCUUCCUGGAUGGACACUGGUUCUGUUUCACAAUUGAAAGAGAAGGAAAAUGAAGACGAUCUAGAUGAUGAUGAUUCCACAUCAUCUGGGUUGUUCUUUGGGCAAAACAGGGGAAACCAUGAAGGUGAUGGAGAAGUAAACAACAAAGAUGAAAAUCAGCUCGAAGAUCAAGAAGAGCUUGAUGGCGGAGACUGAUGAUAUGAAGAUAAUGAAUUCACAUCUGCAUUUAAUCCAUAAAAGUGGUUGUUGCAUCAAAUUAUGGUUCCGUGGGUUCAAUUCUGUGUGAAAAAAGAAGUUCAAAUCAAAUACUCCAUAUUUAUACAUUCAUACUUUGGGAGAGAAAGUGACUCAAAAGAAAGUGGCGAUAUGUGAGAUACACAUGGCAAAUGGCAUGCUUUUUACCAUCAUCUCUUUUCUCUUUCUGAAUGCAGCAUAUGCAUUGACCUUUGUGAAUAUAGAGGAUUUACAUCCAGAGAGGAUUCACAUGAAGUGGUUCUGAAACUCAGCAAUCCUGCUCAGGAACAUGACUAAACUCAGCAAUCUUGGGUAAAACAUGCUGUAAGCAUCCUGCAGUUAUGUCAAUUUGGUGUGGCCUAGUUUCAUCUUAGUAGACAUAUACAUUAGUUUAGCUUUUCAUUCUUUUCUGGGAAAACUGUUCUGGUUAUCCUGGCACAUAAAUUGUAUUUAACUGAUGUAGCUCUGAAAGUGUACUGAAAUUUUGUACCUGAUGAUACAAACAGUUCAGCCACAUUAACUUGCUGGGAGGAAGAAUUUCAUUUAUGGCUGCCUUUUGCCAGAAUCCUUGUAUUGUGAUAUUUACUAAGAUUGUAAUUUGUAAUCUGAUGAAAGGACAUAACAUAUAAUAUUUAAAAAUUCUUUGUUGAGAUAAUUGAAAAUUGUCAGUAAAAUU